AACCCAUCUAUAUAACAGGAGAAAGAAAAGAAGAGAACUAGAAAUAACAGAAAAGCAUGGGAGUAAAUAAGAAGAAGUAGAAGGGCAAUAUGGAAAAUGAUGGGAAUGUUUAUCUUAUUCUUGGCAGCAAAAACACAAAAUAAAGCAGAGAUUCUCCAUAUCUACAUACAAACAAAUAAAAAAGGUAAAUAAGAAGCAGCUUCUUCUUCAUCAGACGAAUACGAUGACAAGGAAACGCAGCAUCAGCAUCCAAUACGAAAUCAUGAACACGAACCCUCUCUCGGAGGCAGAGUUGCUCCUCGCUCUCACUCCCUCCGAUUCCAAGAAGCUCAGGAGGCUCCCUCACGUGUUCAGCAAGGUGCUCCAGCUCCCACUCAGCUCCGAUGCUGACGUGUCCGUUGAGGAAUGGCCACACUGCUUCCGAUUCGUGGCCGACGCACCGGCAGGCAUCGCUACUGUUGAAGCUUCCACCUUCCACCUGCACCCUGGGAUUACCAAGCUUGUCGUCAGGGAUUCUCAAACUGAUUUCACGGAAUUGUCCUUUGAUGAGUUCGACCUCCACCUUGACGUGUGGCGGUUUCGACUACCAGAAUCCACGUGUCCGGAGAUGGGCACUGCUAUCUUGCUUGAUGGACAGCUCAUCGUUACGGUGCCCAAACAUCAACGUGGUGUUGAUGACAAUAGAGCCAUGGUGGAUGCUGGAACAUUUGUGCUUGUAUGCUGGUAA